AAUUCUGUAGUUUUUAAUUCCGUAAACUCGCAAUGAGAUACUGUAUGUGUGUACGUAGGAGUGAGAGGUUGCGAAUUUGUUUAUAAAAUACGGGCUGAAUACGAAUUUCGGUCCGAACUUCGGGGAAAAUGGUAUAUUUGAUUGUGUUCGGACUUGUGAGAACGACGAAUAAUAGAACCAAUCUCUUGAAGUAUCAACAUGUAAAUUAUUCCGUAUGAAAAAUAACAGUGAUAACAUAAAAAUCUCCAGAAUUAGUAUGACAAAAUUAAGUGUGAAACUUUUAAAAAAUCAGUUAGACUAAAUAAUCUUAACCCAAUAGAGAGAGAGAAAAAAUGGUGCGCUUGAAGUGUACCAAAUUGAUAACCGUUUUGGUGUUUUUAGUGAAUGUGAUUUUAAUUUUUUAUACAUGGAAAUGGUUUUUAUCCAAUGAAUCAAAUAAUGAAGCAUCAACAGUUGCUUCUUCGAAACUAGUGAACGGUGUGAAUAGGCAAAAGGACAAAACAAAUCGACACAUUAAAAAAGCAAUAACAAUCAUAUUCCGCGACUUUUAUCAUUUCGAAAAUGAUUUGCAACAUUCCAUUGACAAUAUUUUAAAUUUGGUUCCAAGCAUUCAAAUUCUCGUCUGUUAUGAAGACGAGCCAUAUCCACCGCUUAGCUUUGUAGCUAAUUACACCACCACCCAUCCAAAUGUUAAGUUUAUCAAUUUAAACUUUGACAUUCGCAAAACGUCCAGAGCCCUGUCGCCACUUCUACAAAUCAAAACUGGCCACGUUUUAUUCGUUCCAGAUAGUUUUCGUUUUAAGAAAGAUCAUAAAGAUAAGAUACGGUCGUCAUUUUUCCAAAAAAUUCUGCUAGAAAUUGAGAAAGAAUCAAAUAAAAAAGAUGUGGCUGUGAUUGCCACCGAUUCCGUUGCCGCCGAUGUCAAGAGAAAUCACAAUUAUGACAAUAAUGCGGUUGGUUCAGCAUCAGCAGCCGAUCAAAGCACGAGUGUUCAACAAGGUGACAACAAUGAAGGUUUCACCAUUAGAAACGAAAGGAACAAAGUCUUCGGCAAAUCCAUUAAUAAGAAGAUUGUUAUAAUUCCAUUCGUAUCAAAUGUCAAGACAAUGAGCAACUGUUGUCGCAUAAACAUUGAUAUUACCAAUUGGACCAUGGAAUACAGUGUGAAAAAUAAUACUCAGCAUUGUGAUAUGUUUCUACAAAAACAUGCAAUUCUUGUGGACACAAAUUUACUGAAAAUGAUGCCAGAUCCGCUUUCAUCGCCAUUUCCCGAAUUUUUCUAUGUACAGGCCAAAAUGUGUAAAGCAAAGUUACAUUUCUUUGAAACAUCAUUGCUGCAAGAUGGGAAGCGAUUAUUUACCGCGUUCCACAACAAGCAACGCAAGAAGGAAAUACGAAAACAACAAUUUAAAAAAAUGUACAAGCUGAUGAUGAUAAAGAAAGUGGUUCGAAAGUACGCGGGUAAGUCGAUGGCAAAAAUCGACCGACACAAGCAACACGAAAAAAAGUCACAACUCUCUAGCAAUUCAAUGCCCAAUGAAACAAUCAUUUUAUCGAAUACAUCGCUACCACUUUUGACGAAUAUCGAAUUCUUCGGGUGCGAAAAAGGGACAAAAAGCUGCAUUGGAAGCGUAUUCGACCGAAAACCGUUCUAUGUGUAUCUGGAGCGAAACACUCCACCUUGUUGUCUGGAGAAACUAAAGUCUGUCUUCGGCCAUGUUCUCGAAGAGCUGGAAAACGUUGGCAUUCGCUAUUGGCUAGAUAAUUUUGCAUUGAAAUCGGCUAUUGAAACCGGUCAAUUGACAACUGAUGCCUAUGAAAUUGAUAUUAGUUUCAAUAGUUUUGAUUUGGAUCGUUCGUCGUUUUUGAAAAAAGCUCAAACACGGCCUGUGAUCGAUAGCUUGGGAUUUUACUGGAUAAAAGCGACCGAGGGUCAAUAUUUUCGCGUGCAAUAUUCCAAACAAAAUCAGAUCGGUAUUAAUUUACUGCCGUUUAUCACGGUAAAUGAUCGUGUUCGUGCCAAUGGAUUCUUCGGAUGGAAAUCUGUUGAAUUUUCGGCCGAAUUUCUGCAUCCCAUGUCGACCGUCAUAUUUUUGAAUAAGAAUGUUAUGAGCCCAAAUAAUGUUCGUGACUUUUUGAAAAUUAAAAAAAUUGUUUAAAUCUCCAUUGUUACUAUCAUCAUUGUCAAAUCAUUCAAAUAAAAUACAACGUAAAUAUUUUGCCUUCACUUUA